AUGGUUAUGAAAGUUGGAAUUAACGGGUUUGGAAGAAUUGGACGGUUGGUUCUUCGUAUCGCCCAAAAUUAUCCCGAUAUCAAGAUAGUAGCCAUCAAUGAUCCAUUCAUUGACCUUGAUUACAUGGCUUAUUUGUUUAAAUAUGAUUCUACGUAUGGAAGGUUUAAAGGAGAUGUCGAAGUAAAGAGCGGAAAAUUAUUUAUUAAUGAAAGUGAAAUUAGUGUAUUCACCAAGAAAAAUCCCGAAGAAAUUCCUUGGGGUCAAGUUGGAGUUAAAAUCGUUGUGGAAUCCAGUGGUGCUUUCACUUCCACCGAGAAAUCAUCUGCUCAUCUUAAAGGUGGAUAUGGGUUUGGCGCCGAGAAGGUGGUUAUAACUUCACCAGCAGAUUCUCCAAUGUUUGUCGUAGGAGUUAACACGGAUCUAUAUAAGCCAGAAUAUAAAAUUGUUUCCAACGCGUCAUGCACAACAAAUUGUUUAUCACCUUUAGCCAAAGUAAUUCAAGAUAACUUUGGCAUCAUAGAAGGAUUGAUGACAACAGUUCACGCCACUACGGCUACACAAAAAACUGUUGAUGGACCUUCCGAAAAGGAUUGGAGACGUGGUAGAGGAGCAUCACAAAAUAUUAUACCAAGUUCAACAGGAGCAGCCAAAGCUGUUGGUAGGGUGAUUCCUGAAUUAAACAAAAAAUUGACCGGUUUGGCCUUUAGGGUUCCGCCUACUAUCGUUUCUGUAUUAGAUUUAACUGUUAGAUUGGAAAAAGAAACAAACUACGAAGAAAUUAAACAAGCCAUUAAACGCGCUUCGGAAAAUGAAUUGAAAGGUGUAUUGAGCUACACUGAAGAUGACGUCGUUUCUUCGGAUUUUAUUGGCGAUUCUCAUUCUUGUAUUUUUGAUGCGAAAGCUGGCAAGUAA